UUACCAGGUUAAAGAAUCACUCCAAACAAAAGACAACAUGCAGACGAAGCAAACGGAAAGCAUUCUCCAAAAGUAUUCAGAAUCACAAAUUAAAGAACUUAAGGAAUCAUUCCGACUCUUCGAUAAAGAUGGCGACGGUUCCAUUUCAACGGAUGAAUUACGAAAGGUUCUUCGAGAUUUGGGACAAUACCCUUCAGUCGAUGAAAUACGACAGAUGGUGCAGGAGAUCGAUAUUGACGGUGAUGGCAGGUUCUCGUUUGAAGAAUUUAUUCAGUUUAUGGAGAACAUGGGUGGAAUCACAGAAAACAAGGAAGGAGAUGACGACGAAGAACUACGACAAGCGUUUAAGAUGUUUGAUAAAAGUGGUACCGGAUACAUCUGUGCAUCAGACUUACGGGUUGUGAUACAGUGUUUAGGGGAAGACUUAACAGAAGAAGAAAUUGACGAAAUGAUCGCCGAAGUGGACAUCGAUGGUGAUGGACGAAUCGAUUUUGAAGAAUUCCUAGCCUGUAUGUGUGAAGACAAAGCUGGUGCUAAUAAAGAAUAAUGGCAACCUGGAAUCAAACCCCCAACUGCUGCUCCCUUUUAAAACCUCUAUCUGUGAUCUCAUUCUACAAAAAAAUAUUUCCCCCUUUUUUUUAAAUCUUUUCUUGUCUUAUUACAUAAUGACUGUUAUUAACAAACACUGGAAACAUUAUUAUUAUUAUUAUUAUUAUUAUUAUUAUUAUUAUUAAAUAUUUUCUGUCCACGCAAGUCGCGUGUUUUGCUUCUCUCCGUAAAUUGUAAAGAAUUGUCGUUAGUUUGCCCUUUCAGGGAUUUGUUUUUGCUGUUUUUUUUUAUGUUUCCUUCUUCUUGUUCCGGUUGGUUCCUUUGUUUCUAGACUCAUAAAAAAUACAAGUUAUCUAAAAAAAAGAAAAAGGAAAAAAAACUGAAAAUAUAAAUAUGGCGCCGCGGUUCAUAGUCGGUGAAUAAGAGAGGUUGGUGAGUGGAAGAAACCAAUGAAAGCCUCCCCCUCAUCGCAUUCCUUUCACAGAAGUAGAGUUUUCCUCUUCCAGUCAGUUUUUGCACCACAGCAACCACACAUCGCAUCCACAGCCAACACCACUAAAAUCGUUACAACCGCUGCCAUGCGUUCUAUUGGGAACAAAAGAGGGGUAGGCAACAACAACAACAACAAACAAACAAAGUGGAAAUAAAUGAUAAAAUCAAUAACAACGAUAGUUACGCGUCCCACAACAGGAUUUUGUUAGAGUGAAGAGAAAGCAGAUAAAAGCAAAUACGGACCGCUCUGAGCUGGAACCUCUGAUGGCUAGGUUGGCAACAGGGAACCAAUUGACGAGCAAACAGCAACGUCACUAUCAUAAGAACUACAACAGCCAAACCUAUAACUACGCCAACAACAGUAACAACAACACAGUCAAAAUGUCAUCCUUCAUCAACCGUUGUCGAAGCAACGAGUUGAUGAAGUAUAUGUCACAUCACACACGAGUAUACAAAAAUAAGAGAAAAUCUUUGGAGAACUUGUCACCUAAACUCCACCAAGCGAACCCCGUAACUGCUGACUUCUGCUAAAGACGAUGAGAGAAAACUUCCCGUGUGCUGUAGGAAUACUCUGGAAAAAGCUCACCUACCCCUCGUCAAGGAGAUUGGGUUACUCGCCCUUCUCCAAAACCAAG